AUGGAAGUCUCGAAUCUUUUCGUCGAACUGAAUCCUGAUUGCAAUGCAACUGGGUCAGCUUCUUGGGCUUUUGGAGACGCUCAUGUGAUGGCUUCGGUUUAUGGUCCCAAGGAAGCCAGUAUGGCAAACGAAUUAACGCAUCGUGCUUAUAUUGAUGUUUCUGUCUUACCAGUGUCUGGCCUUCACACACCUUUUGAGAGUGAAAUGGAGUUUUAUCUUCAAAACUUUUUGGAGCGACUAAUUGACGUCAAGGUUUACCCAAGAAACCAGUUUGGCGUUCGAAUUCAAAUAAUAUCUGGAUUGUCUGGACACCCAACUACUAUGGCGGCCUGCGUUAACGCCCUUUCUUUGGCUCUCUUACCAACUUCGAUACCUCUUCAUGCCUCAGUGGUGGCAGUUUGCAGCUCAGAAAUUGACCCUGGCUUGCGACCCGUUAUGGUCGCUCUCGAUGUCUCAAAUCUAGCUUCCAGGAUGCCUUCAGACGCGAAGCGCCUCAAGAAAGAAAGCGAGAACAUUCACUGUGCACCCGACGUUUUUGGAGUCUAUUGCGGUCGUCCUGGCUCCGCCUUCACCGCAGAUGAAGCCACCAUCCAGUCUUCGCAGCUGCUAGCACUCACUACUGAUCUCGAUCCCCAGAGCCACCUCUGCUCGCGAGCACGUGAUCUCUUUGACGUCAUGGUCAAUCAGUUAACUGCUGCCCAGUCUUAG